AUGCGACUGUUUCUCCUUCCCGUUUCCACGCGCCGGACGCUACUCUAUUGCCAACGAGCACCCGCCAUCCCCAAGAAGCAGACCAUAUCGGAACGGAUACAAUCGAGAGCGGCACGGACAUGGGCCGAGUGGGAGAAGAAGCCGGGCGGGUGGCAGAAGUUGGUGGUCGGAUAUGGCAAUCAGGCCCUCAGGAGGAUACCAUAUGAGGAGUGGGGGCUCAAGUCUGUCCCGCCGCUUUCAAGCGCCCGUCAGAGCGACGAGCAGGCGGGGAAGGUCAAGGUCGAGGUUGUUUAUCCGGAGAGCCUGGUGAAGGCCGAGAAGAUCCCGAGUAUCCUGCACACCCUAAGCACAGAGCGCGAGUCUAUACACAAGAAGCGCCUUGUGCUGUGCUUUUUGGGUAUGCCUCUGACCAUACCAGUGGGUAUUCUACCAAUCGUACCCAACAUCCCUUUCUUUUAUCUGGUCUACAGAGCUUGGUCUCAUUGGAGAGCGCUUGCGGGCGGGCGGCAUAUACAGUUCCUGCUCCAAAACAACCUUAUAACGCCAGUUCCGUCACCCAUCCUCGACCAGGUAUAUGCGGACCAGGACCACCCAUUGCCGUCUGCCGCAGAACCAACAACGACGGAGACAUCGGCAAACCUGCCAGAGUCCCCCAUCAUAAUCGAACACCCUAGCCCAGGAGAGGCACCAAACUACCCAAAAGGAGAAACUUUGCUUCUUUCUCAGCAGAAUGCCCAACGCAUCACGCGGCUGCUCGAUCUCCCCCAACUAGAAGUUGAACUUGAGAGGGCCAUAUGGCAGGUUGAGACCGGCAUAACGACGCAGAAUAGCAAGAAGGGUGGCGCUCCUUCGCCACCGCCAGCCACCGUCACUGAACACGACAAAAAGAAGCAAUGA